UGAGGCGGUGAAAGGUUGAGCUAACCAAAAGGCAUUGGGCAUGUGUGGAGCCUACUCUGCCUCCAACCAGCGGCGCCUUGGUCUUUACUUGGUUUCCAAGCUCACCCACCUCCCUCCCACUCUUCUCUCUCUAUCUCUGGCUCUUUCUCUCUCUCUCUCUCGUCUUAUACAUAAAACUGAUAAACAAAUCCAACUCUCUUCUACUGCUGCAUCUGCGCGCUCUCUUUCUCUCUCUCUCCCCAUCACCCUUUCUUUGAAUUUGGUGUUUAUUUUAUUGCAAACAUAUAUAUAUAUAUAUAAAGAUUCCCAAUCAUAGAGACAGAAGGAGAAGGAUGAAAGGUGAAUAUGUAGAUGGCAAGAAUGAGAGCAAUAACAUGUUCGCCAAGCUUCACCAACCCCACAAUUUCCAACAGCCUCUCCAUCCUCACCACCACCACCACCUCCAACAGCAGCAGCAGCCCCACCACCAACAUCACUUCCAAAUCAGCCGAGAAUGUCAGACUUCGGAGGAAGACGACAGCCGCAGCAGCGGUGGUGCCACCGCCGUCGCCGCAGCCGGUGCUACUACUCCUACGCCCACCAAACCUAAAUCUGGCGACGGUGACGGGGCUACCAUUGAAGUUGUGAGGAGACCCAGAGGCAGGCCUCCCGGUUCCAAGAACAAGCCCAAACCCCCUGUUAUUAUUACUCGUGAUACUGAGCCCGCCAUGAGCCCCUAUGUUCUUGAGGUCCCUGGCGGCGUCGAUAUUGUCGAAGCUAUUGCUCGCUUCUCUCGCCGCCGCAAUAUUGGCCUUUGUGUGCUUAAUGGCUCCGGCACCGUCGCCAACGUCACCCUCCGGCAACCCUCCACCACCCCAGGUGCUACAGUUACCUUCCAUGGGCGUUUUGAUAUUCUCUCAAUCUCUGCUACCAUUAUCCCCCAAUCGGCCUCCUCUCCGAUUCCGUCAUCUGCCAACGGGUUCACCAUCUCCCUCGCGGGUCCGCAGGGCCAGAUCGUCGGAGGGUCCGUAGCCGGAACCCUGCUGGCCGCUGGGACGGUGUAUAUCAUUGCUGCGUCCUUCAACAAUCCCUCCUAUCACCGGUUACCGGGAGAGGAUGAAGUGCCCAAUUCAGGCUCCGGCGGCAACGAUGGCCAGUCUCCUCCGACGGGUUCGGGCGACAGCGGCCACCCGCCGGCAGAAAUGUCCAUUUACAGCUGCCACCUACCAUCAGAUGUAAUAUGGGCACCCACAGCGAGACAACCACCACCACCACCGUACUGAGUUUGGCCUAUUUCUACAGCUUCUUUUUCUUGAGUACUGUGAAUCUUAGAAACUUCUUCUUUGUACUGCCUUCGAUUACUUUGUUUAAUUUUAAUGUUCUUGGGUUAGUUUUAGAUUCACUUUUUUAAGGAAAAUGAAAGACAAACAGUGUAGGUUUUUUAGCAAAUCUGCUUUGAUUUUUCAUGCUUUGUUAAGAACCUAAACUUGUGGUCUCCACCGUUGGGCAUCUACCACCUAACAUGACAACAAAAAUUUAAAUC